AUGUCGACCUCACCUCCCAUCUCCGACUCGCCCGACGCUCCAGCGGAAGAAGACCCCGGCGCCGCCGACCUCCCUCUCACCAUGGCCGCGUCCGUCGUCCUCGAGCAUCUCCCGAAAGACGCCCAUCAAGCCCUCGAAACAGCCGGUGAACUCGAGCAAGCCAAAGUAACGAUCCGGCUCUCUCCACUCCCGAAUACACCGCAAUUGAAACAGCCGCGAUUCAAGUGCUCGAGCAAUCAGCGGUUCGAGUAUAUCGUGAGAUUUCUGAGGAAGAAGUUGGGAGUCAAAGAUCACGAGUCGGUGUUUUGUUAUGUCAAUUCGGUGUUUGCGCCGGGGUUGGAUGAGGGAGUGGGGAAUUUGUGGAGGUGCUUCAAGACUGGAGAUGAGCUUGUGGUUUCUUACAGCGUCACGCAGGCGUUUGGAUGA